AUGAAAGUAAAGAUAGUCAAAGCUAAAGUAGGAAUGCAAAAUGUUAAUUGUCACCUUGAACCAGGAUUUUUGGGAAUCUCUAUGUGUACUGAUAAACUUCUCAAGAAAAUCGGUGGCAAAAUUAGCAGAAAGUUGACUCCCGAAGAGAAAGAUAAUAAAUUCGUCAGAGAAGAAACCACAGCUCCACUUGGAUUGGCCAUAAUCCCACUUACAUUUACCUCUAACAUAAAAAAUAAUGUCCGUCUUAGUAAUAAAAAAUCUAUCACGAUUCCAACUGAAGUACUCGUAGAAAAAUAUAACUCUACAUUGCCUAAUUAUAUCCUGAUCGGUAAUAAUUGGUUCUAUGGUCGCAAAUGCGAUAAUGAUGAGCUCCAGACUUAUCUACCGGAAAUAGUGACAGACGUAGAAAAUGCUUGGGUAAGAACAACUCUGCGUAUCAAGGAUCUUAGCAAUGCUAGCUUCGCUAAAACCAAAAAGAAGCCAAGGGUUAUAGUAUCCGUUGAUAAAAGAAAUAUUCAUGAUUUUUACAAAUCACUUCCUGGGGAAUCGAAAGAUUCAUUGCUCCACAGAUCCAAUAUCUCUGUAACUUCUGAUUUGGGCACUUCAGAUUUGGAUACUUCUUUCAAUUCAGAUACUUCGGACAGCAAUUCAAGUAAUUCUUCCACAUCUAGUUCGGGAAUAGAAGUUAUACAUGCGUAUAAGACUGAAGUGGUAAAGAAAUACCCUAUUUGA